CAGAAAAAGAGGAAGCACAUGCGAGGAAGAACCGAGUCUGGACUCCCGUUUUAGGUCUCAGCUGGUUCCUAAACAACAAUGGCGACAGCUAAAGAGGAUCUGUGGAAGACCCUGGAGGACCUGACAGGCGACCAGUUCAAACAGUUCAAGUGGCUGCUUCAGGCUGAUGGGAAUGACCCCCGGUCCAUCCCGGUGUCCCGGCUGGAGAAGGCGGACCGGACAGACACGGUGGACCUGAUGGUCCAAAGGUACGGCGAGGCCGAGGCGGUGAGGAGAUCGUUGCAGGUUUUAGAGAAGAUCAGCAGGAAUGAUCUGGCACAACAUCUGUCAAACACAAGAUCGGCGCAAAGAGGGGACGGCCUGACUGCUGUUCCUUCCCAAUGUGAAAGUGAAAGACAGAAGUCCAGACUGAGGGAAAUGAAGUCAGAAACGAGGCUGAAAAUAAAAGAGAGAAAGAUGAAGAUCUGUGAGAUCCAGCGUUCAGCAGAGCUGAGCAGGAAGUCUGCCGAGCGACAGACCGCAGAGAGUCUGCAGACUUUCAGAGUUUUAAUCCAGUCGGUCCAGGAAAGUCUGUCCCAUCUCACCGAAGCCGUCGAGGAGAAGCAGAAGACUUUCCAAAAGCAAGCGGAGCAGCUCAUCAGAAAGCUGGAGAAGGAAGUCUCAGAGCUGACGAAGAGCGAGGCGGAGCUGGAUCGUCUUCUCCUUACGGAUACCAACCUGCAGUUCCUCCAGGACGUGGAAACCUCCGACCUCACAGAGUUCUCCGUUCAUCAGCCGUCCUACGGCGAAACCGUCAUGGCCUCCGUGAACAAGCUGAAGGAAUUGCUUGACGGAGAAAUGAAGAGGUUCCUCAGCAAGGCCAAGCUGAUCCGAAUGCAGCAGUUUGCUGUCGAUGUGACUCUGGAUCCGGACACGGCGCAUCCCAACCUGGUUUUAUCUCCAGACGGGAAGCGGGUCCACUGUGGCGGCGUGAAGCGGAAUCUCCCCGAUAACCCGGAACGGUUCGACACUGCGGCCAACGUUUUGGGCAGGCAGAGUUUCUCCUCUGGGAGAGUUUAUUUCGAGGCUGAGGUGAGAGAAAAAACGGCCUGGGACGUCGGCGUCGUCUACGGGUCGAUUGGCAGGAAGGGGUCGAUCUCGUCGAGCCCCGGCGGCGGCUACUGGGCCAUCGGAUUACGAAGCGGGGAUACGAUCAAGGCGGCCGGUUUGAACCUGGAUGUAAAAACUCCAUUGAACAAAGUCGGUGUUUUUGUGGAUUACAAGAUGGGCUCCAUCAUUUUCCACAACGUUGAUUCUGCAGAAGAGAUCCACCGAUACUCAGACUGCUCCUUCACGGAGAAACUUUAUCCGUUCUUCAGCCCCGGCGUUUAUCACGGCGGCUUGAACGCCAAACCUCUGAUCAUCAAGUCACCGCCAUCCAACUCCAUGAAUUACAGGACUGAAACUGUUACACCGUUAGCGGACAGAAACAUUCAGCUGUAUUUAAACAGCCGGGUUGGACUGAGAUGGAAGUUCCCCAAAAGUGACAGCAUGGAAAAACUUUCUGUGGAGCUCCUAAAUACUCUCAAGAACUUGAAGCAGGAUGACUUUGAACAAUUUAAAUGGUUUUUGAAGCAGGAUGACAUCUUGAAAGGUCAAAAAGGCAUCCCAGAAGAUGAGCUGGAGGGGGCAGAAAGAUGGGAGACGGUUGAUCUGAUGCUACGCCAAUACAAAGGCCCUGGGGCUAAGCAGGCAGCAAUCAAUAUUUUACAGGCGAUUGGACAGAACAACCUGGUGGAACAGUUAAAAAGAUUCUGUGAAGAACAAGAUCUCAACCCUCGGCAUCUACGUUUUGUGACAGAAGGCAUUGGAGAAAAAGAAGCCGAGUUGGAAAAACUCCGUGAGUUUGCAGUGGACGUAACCUUGGAUCCGGAUACGGCGCAUCGCGAUCUUGUCCUCUCCAGUGAUGGGAAACAAGUUUACGACACUAAUGUGACCAAAGAUCUCCCAAUGACCUCCCAGAGGUUUGACACAUGUGCCAGUGUAGUAGGAAAGGAGACAUUUUCCUCAGGAAAGUUCUACAUUGAGGUUCAGGUUGAAGGGAAAACUGAUUGGUCUGUUGGGAUAGCCCACGAGUCCAUCAACCGGAAAGGGAAAAUCUGCCUCAGCCCCAAUAAUGGCUUCUGGACUAUAUGGUUAAAAGACAAGGUUUAUGAAGCUUUGGCAAAGCCUUCAGUCGUACUCCCUCUGAAGUCCCGUCUUCAGAAGGUGGGAAUCUUUGUGGAUUAUGACAAGGGUCUCGUCUCCUUCUAUAAUGUAAAUACAGCAGAUCUGAUCUAUUCAUACAAAAAAUGCUCCUUCAAAAAAAAUCUCCUGCUGUAUAUUAAUACAAGUAGUAACUGCAAUGGCAGAAACUCUGCUCCGAUGAUUAUCACUCCUGUAGUUGACAAGAUAAACAAAGCAACACUGAGGAGUAUCAAGGAGUUUGCAUUUGAGGUGACUCUGGAUCCAGAUACGGCACAUCCAGAACUAGUUUUAUCUGACAAUGGGAAACGGGUCCAUCAUGUAGAUGUGAGGAAAGACGUUCCAGACAAUCCAAAGAGAUUCAGUGACCAUGUCAGUGUUUUAGGAAAAAGUUUCUCCCAUCAAAGAUUCUACUUUGAGGUCCUGGUUAAAGGGAAGACCGACUGGACUAUAGGAGUCGCCACCGAGUCGAUUGAAAGGAAGGGAGAACUCACACUGCAACCAGAAAGUGGUUUCUGGACAAUUUGUCUAAGGAAUGGGGAAGAAUAUGAGGCAUUUGAUAAACCAAUAGUCCGUUUAACUAGAAGAUUAAAUCCAGAGAGGGUGGGAGUAUUUGUUGAUUAUGAUGGAGGUCUGGUCUCCUUUUAUAACGUAGAUACUGCUGAUCUUCUCUACUCCUUUACUGGUUGCUGCUUCGCAGAGAGACUUUUGCCUUUCUUUAGUCCCUGCACUAAUAUUGGAGGUACAAAUUCUGCUCCUCUGAUUAUUUCUCCUGUCAGUCUCUUUGAUUAGAUCAAUCAUAUCGUCAUUUGAAAGACCUAGAGACAGCGACGAGUGACGGUGCAUCCUGAGAGAGUCACCAGUCCAUCUCAGAGACACACAGGACAAUCAACCAUGCCCAAACAGUCUCAGACCUGAGGUAGACUGAGGGUACAUUCACACUAACCCUGGUUAGCCCACUUUGAAAUAGAAAGUCUAGUUCAGUGAGAACGUCAAAAUCUGACGUGGACCAAAAAAGCAAACUCUGGAUCGCCUACAAACCUAGGUCUUGCAUUGGUUGAAGUAGAAUCUGGCAUGGUUCAAAUUAAUAUGUGAAUGCCAAGCGGGCCAGAGACUGUUCCAAAGACAGAAAGCAAACUAUAGCAUUCUGGGUAAAUACAACCACAACAAACACAUGUCUACUUCCAGAAGGAGAAAUGGCUCCUGGUCUUUUACCAAAGGACGGAGAAAUACUACAACCACUAAAAUCUGUUGCCACUCCAUUUUUGUUUACAUUUUGUGAAGAAGGAAGUUGCGCUUGGCGUCUCCCCAGAGAGAACCUAACUAAGUACAGGGAGAACAUGUGAACUUCAUGCAGAAAGACCCCAGCUCAAGGUUCAAACACUUAUAUGUCCAAUCCAGAUUUCAAGCAUGUAAUUCAGUUAACUUUGAUGAUUCUGGCUUAUAGCUAAUGAAGCAAAUUCAGUUUGUCAGAAAAGUACAUUACAUCCAACAGGUGAAAAAGGAUUUUAAUGCAAAAAUGUGGAUGAGUUGAAACUAUGUCCAUGCCCCUUACAGUACAGCAUUUGCUCUGAAGUCCAGGUUGCUUUGGUAUCGGUCAGACAGUCAAGAACAGCACCACAUGGUGAUUAGACCAACUUUUGGUACCUUUGGCUGUGUGGGUUGGUGUGGGUACCAAGUCCUGUUGGAGAAUGAACUCAACAUCUCUAAAAAUAACAUCAGUAGAAGAAAGAAUGAAGUGAUCCAAAAUGUCCUGGUAGAUGACUGUCCAACACCAUCAAUGAGGCUCUUAAAAUCCUCACUAACUGCGGAAACAUCACACUGGAACUAAAACGACCAGAUUCCCACAGGUUCUGGGACCUUAAUUUCAAAAAUUAAAUUCAAGGUUUUGUCUUAAAUUUGGACUUUAAACCACUGGGAAAGAGUCCAGUCCUUUUUCUCUCUGGCCCAGGCGGGACCUCUGUCCUCGGUGAAGCAGGUCAACUCAAGGAAUGCGACUGUUGUAGCCUGGAUAUGUCUUGUGAAUCUUUACUUCCCAAUACAGGCUGCAGUAAUCCCUGCUGUUUGUGCACCUUUUUUCUUCCACUCUACUUCCCAUGAAUGUGCUCAAGUUCUUGUUUCUGUUUUUACUAGUUUGUUUCUAUCCAAUAAAACUUUGGGUUUCAUCUGAAGUUAUAGAAAAGAAAAUGUAAAAUAUAUGUGUAAUGACUCUAUAAGUUGCCAUUUUUGAGCAGAAUUACUGAAAUAAAUUAUUUUUCAAUGCUGUUCUAAUGUAUUGAAAUGCAUCUGUAUUCUUGCACCAUUAAUGUUUUAUUUUGAAGAGUGCACCGGUUCAUACUGUCCUAAAUUUCACAGGUUGUGUAAACCGUUUCCGUUAUUCUCUCAGUCCUGGUCUUGUAUGAAUUUUGUUUUUUUCCAGCUUGAGACUUUCUUCCACUUUCAGCACCUGUAGUUCCUGUGUUUGUUGCUUUGCGAUGUGCUCUGGUUUGUGACUCAACGUCGUGUUUACAGACGAGUAAAUCAUUGCACUGGCUUAUUUGGUGCUCCAAGUACUGCAGCAGUUAAAGGACUUAGUUCAUUAAAGUUUGAAAUGUUGACCAAGACUUUUAGGCAAA